UCAGCAGAGUUUAUCUUCAGUUGAGUUUGUGUGUAAAAUGUAUUAGAGUACCGCAGAGAAGACGCGCCGCCCUCCGCCACAGGGCCACGGAGGGGCCGCGCGUGCGUCUGGAGAUCCGGCGUGUGCUGCUGUGCGCGCGGGGAUGGAUCAGGGAGCUACCGCGGGCACCGGAGGGACCUUCAUUUCCCUGAGCGACACUGAGCAGAGAUGUUACUCGGGGCUCUACGCGCUCUGCCAGCCCGACAGCACAGGCAAACCAGCGGCGGGGAAGGUGGCGGAGCUGUUCCGGGCGUCGCAGCUGCCGGCGGAGACUCUGCAUCAGAUAACUGAGGUGUGUGGCGCUAAGCGGCUAGGCUACUUCGGAUGUGGACAGUUCUACAUAGCUUUAAAGCUGUUGGCCGCGGCGCAGACUGGUCUGCCGGUACGUCUGGAGAGCAUCGCAGGAGAACUUCCUCUGCCUGUGUUUGUGGAAAUAAUGAACGAGCCUGAGAUGCGUUACCCCAAUCAUACCUCGACCAAUGAGGGUCAGACUCAAAUUCAAGGCUUGGUUACAAGCUCCGACCCUUGUGCCUCUGCAGACAGGCCUGCCGUCAGACACCCUGAUACCAGCGUGGAAAAACAGGAGGCGUGGUCUCCACCACAGUCACCUGACGUGUCCCCACCCCACUCGCCAUCAACAUAUCACUACUAUCCAUACGGUGCUCAAAGGAAUGGAGCAGAAGCACUACUGGCUUAUGAUGGUAAAUUGCAGAUUUGUUCCAGCGUUCCUCAGGAAAACUCAUCUCCCAGUCACUAUUCCAUCAAACUCCAGUUGGAGCAGCCGGCCAUCGCACGGGUUCCAUCUGUUGAGCGUUUGGUGGAGAGGAAUGAGAUUGAUUACUCAGACGACCCCUGGCGAAUAACAGAGGAACAGCGUCAAUACUACACCAACCAGUUCAGGAGUCUGCAGCCUGACCUCAGCGCUCUCAUACUGGGGACGGUUGCAAAAAACUUCUUCACCAAAUCGAAGCUUCCCAUUCCAGAGCUGUCUCAUAUAUGGGAGUUAAGUGAUGUAGACAGAGAUGGCGCCCUCACUUUUCCAGAGUUCUGCACUGCGUUUCAUCUGAUUGUGGCUCGUAAGAACGGCUUCCCUCUUCCUGAAACACUCCCACUCACGCUUAGACCGGGUUUUGUGACACAGGGCGUGGUUACAGCGCCACCAUCUGAGGUGACUCAACCGCUGAUUGUCUUUAAUGACAAUAUGACGCCUAGAGCCAGUCAACUGGAAAUGAGAUCUGUUGAUCUUCAGAUGACCCCUUUACCAGGUGUGUCCACUUCUAAACAUGACACGAGGGAAGAGAGCGGGAAUUCGGAAUUCAGUCCAAAGAGACUUCCAGAUCCUCAGGAGAAGCCAACACAGCAAUUCAGCACUUUAAAACCAGAUUCUCCACAAGAGCAUGAUGCAAUUAUGAAGUCAAGAACACGGCCCAGGUCGUAUUCCAGCACCUCUAUAGAUGAUGCCAUGAAAAAGGUGGAGGAACCGCCCACCCCUCCUCCCCGACCCCAGAAAACUCACUCCCGAGCCUCCUCGCUUGACCUCAACAAACUCCUCCAACAGAGCGGCCAAGGUUGUAUAUGUGGUUGGUUGCUGCCUCCUCCAGCUCUCCCUCCACGACCUCCAGCCACACAGAUCAUCAACUUUCACCCUGGCACAGACGAGAAGGCCGUGCAGCAGCCAAACUUUGCAGACUUCAGCAGGUUUAGGGAGGAGCAGGAAACCAGUCCACCUCCUCAAACCAUAAGACCUGGGAUGAGAGGCGGUCCCUGCAUUGAAGAUCUAGCACCUUCUAAAACGGAUUCUACAGGGUUACUCCAAGGCCACACUCCUCAGAAGCCAGUACGAAGAAAGCUCCACCCUGAAAGCCAGAGUGCCACGCCCCCCUCGGCCACGCUGACCAAAUCUACACAGAGGUUGCUUCCCAAACAGAAGAGAGAGAUCCAGAUGGCCAUAAGAAAGAACCGAGAAACCAACGCAGUCCUGACUCGCCUCAACAGUGAACAUCAGCAACAGCUAAAGGUUGUGCAUCGGGAGCGAGUUACUUUGGAAUCCCAGUUGGAGUUACUACGGCCCAUGGCAUCAACCUGACCCAAAACUCACACCAACACACCCACACACACACACACACACACACACACACACACACACACACACUCUUUCUGUUUUGUCUUUCUACACACACACCUUUCAAUAUGAUGAUGGCAGAAGCGGAUUUCAUAUGAACCAGGAGCUAUAACACAGUCACAUGAUAGGAAGCUCACUUUAAGAGACCAAACAUUUGGGACGCCACAAACAUUGGCAAAAACACAGGUAGAGGAUUUAUCUCAAUAAAGGAGGAGAACAGGAAGAAUUACACAAAGUUUGUUCUGUCAAAAACAGACCAGUUUUGUUUGUUCAAGCCGGUUUUUACAGCACAAUUACUUAAAGUAUCAGUAAAACAAGAUAAUUGUACUUGAGAAGCAAUAUUGUUUAAGAUCAUACGCAUUGUUUUCAGAGAGUAUAUCUUGAAAUUAGUGUGUUUCUUACCAUAUUGGUUAAAUCGUUUAUUAUUAUUAUUAUUAUUGUUUUAAAUGACUUUUCAUUUAGUGAUAUGUAUGCCUAAAACAAGAAAAAGAUAAUAUGCCAAUGAGAAAAAUUUAUUAUUUCAAGAUGUACUCUCUGAAGUGAAUAUACAUUGUUGUUGGACAACUACACGAAUGCAUCAUGAAAUAAUAACCGUAAUUUAAUUAACGUGACUCUUUGAUGCCAUUCCUGUUUCUCCAAGAAUAAACUUAUAAUGGUGAUUCUCACACAGACAUGUUUAGGCCGCAUAUUUCACCCCAAAUUAAAAAGAAAUGAUUCUCUUAUUAUUUGUAAGAUGUGUUGCAUUGACGUUUCAUGACAAUCAAGCACAUCAUGUUUCUGAAAUUUCCCCCAUUCCAUUAUUCUCAAUGUUGAUUCUCACUAGAUUCACUGUACAAUAACAUAAGACAAAUUUUAAUCUGCAUAAAUUUUAACAUGAUGUAUAAAUACACUCUAAUUUAAAUAAUCAUUAUACAUAAUAUAAUCAAUCAAAUAUUAUUCUAAAAUAAAAAUGUAAUUAGACAGACAGACAGACAGACAGACAGACAGACAGACAAUAGACAGAUAGACAGACAGACAGACAGAUGAAUGAUAGACAGACAGACAAUAGAUAGAUAGACAGACAGACAGACAAUAGAUAGAUAGAUAGAUAGACAGACAGACAGACAGACGAUAGAUAAAUAGACAGACAGAUAGAUAGAUAGAUAGAUAGAUAGAUAGAUAUAGAUAGAUAGAUAGAUAAAUAGACAGACAGAUAGAUAGACAGACAGACAGAUAGAUAGAUAGAUAGAUAAAUAGACAGAUAGAUAGACAGACAGAUAGAUAGAUAGACAGACAGACAGAUAUCUGCUUUGGCAAUAUUGUAUUGUUUACAUUCAUGCCAAUAAAGCCCCUUUGAAUUGAAUUGAUAGAUAGACAGACAGACAAUAGAUAGAUAGACAGACAAUAGAUAGACAGACGAUAGAUAAAUAGACAGAUAGACAGACAGACAGAUAGAUAGAUAGAUAGCUAGAUAGAUAGAUAGACAGACAGACAGACAAUAGAUAGAUAGAUAGAUAGACAGACAGACAGACAGACGAUAGAUAAAUAGACAGACAGAUAGAUAGAUAGAUAGAUAGAUAGAUAGAUAGAUAAAUAGACAGACAGAUAGAUAGACAGACAGACAGAUAGAUAGAUAGAUAGAUAAAUAGACAGAUAGAUAGACAGACAGAUAGAUAGAUAGACAGACAGACAGAUAUCUGCUUUGGCAAUAUUGUAUUGUUUACAUUCAUGCCAAUAAAGCCCCUUUGAAUUGAAUUGAUAGAUAGACAGACAGACAGACAGACGAACUAUAGACAGACAGACAGACAGAUAGAGAGAUAGAGAUAGAGAGAUAGAGAUAGAUAGAUAGAUAGAUAGAUAUAGAUAGAUAGAUAGAUAGAUAGAUAGAUAGAUAGAUAGAUUAUAUAAGCAUAGAUGUGUAAAUAAUUGUAACUUUUUAGUUUUAUAUAUAUUAUUUAAAUAAUAAUGUAUUUAAAUAUGAAUAAAUACACAUCAUUUUAUUUGGUCCUAAAAAUUGCAUUUAUUCUCUUUAAGCAAAAUAUAAUUUCUUCUGUCUUUCUUUUUGGUUUUGGGGUAAAUUAUGGCCCAGACAUGAAACCACAACAGGUCUCCAGAGAUUCACCCAUAAAGAACACUGGUAAAGACUUCAGCUCUGAAUAAUCAUUAUUGUGUAAGCUGGAAAUACAUUUGUAAAGAUGUGGAAUGUUUUGUCAUAAAGACUCCUUAAAUCUGAAUGUGUGUGUGUUCGUGCAUGAAGCUGAAUGUUUACGCCGAUAAGGUGGCGAAAACUGCAUUUUAUUUUACACGGUUAGUUUUGAUAGCAUGUUUUAUGCGAGUCUAUUGACUGGAACGUCAUUUUGAAUGCCACAUGUACAUGAACAUCAGUGCAAAUAAAUGAGGAGGAUCCAUUGAUUGUGCUCCUACAGAAUUAUAAAGACCUUGGGUGUCACAUAUUUUACAUUUGUCAAAAAUGAAUUAUUUUAUACAUUUCCUUUUUUUAUUGCUCGUAAAAUCUUAAACUAUUAUUUCUAACUUUUCAUUAAUUUCACAAGCUUUUUGAACUAUUCUAUAAAAUCAACAUGGGUAUAUAAUUACUGUACAUGUAAUUAUGAAGUGUCCAAUAAAAAGUUAUCAAAUGAAAACCAGCGACUGCAAAAAAGUAAAUAAAAUGUCUGUAAUUUGUUUUUGAAGUGUGCUAAAUAAUUUUACUAUGCAAAAUAUUGUCAUGAUUUUGCAGGCCAGGCUUGUUGUUGGCUGUGUUGUGUGUUUUAUUUGUAUACUGAUAAUAUGAAUCAAGCUGAACUUCACAUACACUGUGUUCUGAUACAGGAAUGUGAUGUCUGUGUCAAUAAAACAAUGUAAUUAUGG